CUGUCGGCGAGGUCCUUCAGGCAGACCAACAGGCAGCCCCCGGGGGCUUCCCGACAUUCCAUCCGGCGUCGGGCGCGGGCAGCUCCUGUGGUUGCGUAGCAGCGGGAACGACGCUGCCGAGCCCGAGGCCCGGACGCCAUGGCUGGGGAGCCCGCUGGGGCCGGGGCCGGGGCCGGGACCGGGCCUGGGGCCGGAGCCGGGGCCGGAGCUGGGGCAAGUGCGGGGCCGGAACUGGACCAGGAAAAGUAUGACGCGGCCGAGAAUGUCAAGAUCAUUUGCCUUGGGGACAGCGCUGUGGGCAAGUCUAAGCUCAUGGAGAGAUUCCUCAUGGAUGGAUUUCGGCCCCAGCAGCUGUCCACCUACGCUCUGACCCUCUACAAACACACGGCCACUGUCGAUGGCAAAACAGUCCUCGUGGAUUUCUGGGACACGGCUGGGCAGGAGAGGUUCCAGAGCAUGCACGCGUCUUACUACCACAAGGCGCAUGCCUGCAUCAUGGUUUUCGAUGUGCAGAGAAAGGUCACCUACAAGAACCUGAGCACCUGGUAUUCGGAGCUGCGCGAGUUCCGCCCUGAGAUCCCCUGCAUCGUGGUGGCCAAUAAGAUUGAUGCUGACACCAAGGUCACCCAGAAAAGCUUCAACUUUGCCAGGAAGUUUUCGCUGCCCCUGUACUUUGUUUCAGCUGCCGACGGCACCAACGUGGUGAAGCUCUUCAACGAUGCUAUCCGAUUAGCCGUGUCUUACAAGCAGAAUUCCCAAGACUUCAUGGACGAGGUUUUGCAAGAGCUGGAGAACUUUGAGCUGGAGAAGAAGGUGGCGUCCGUGCCGGACCUGGGACAGAGCGAAGCCGUCGUGACUCUUCCAUCUCCCUGAGCCACCCCACUUCAUAGCCCCCACACCCCAUGGAGAGUUGACUUCUCCCAAGCGCCCGGGCUUCCCACCCCAACCUUGCCACCUGCCCCUGUGCCUAGGCCAGCUCCCUGCUGCUCCUCUCCACCCUUUACUUGUUCCCAGCUUUCCCAGCAUUGGGAGACCCCACCCCAAAAGGGAUCAGUACCGGGAUCCAUCCUGAGACAGCAGUGAGGGAGAGUCUGGACCCAUCACCCACAGGAACAUGCCAGACCAGGCAGGGAUGGCAGGCAGUGCUGGACAGCAAUCCCCCAGGACAAGGAGCAGGGGCUAGCACCCCCCAUUCAGAGUGGGGCAACAAGGGGAACGGGGUCAUUUUCUAUGUAUCCACCCAAGGAACAGAAAAUGAAAUAUUUUUUUCAACAUU